CUCAAGCGAGCGGGGCCGCAGGCGACACCCGGACAACGCGCCGGCGGCGGGGCGAGGAGGGCGGCCCGGAGGGCAGCGGCCCUGGCCCGCGUGUGCGGCCCACUCUCACACUCCUACACCGCGCUGGCUGUCCCCGGCCCCGCCACACGCGCAGCCAUGGUGGGCCGGCUGAGCCUGCAGGAUGUCCCUGAGCUCGUGGACACGAAGAAGAAGGGCGAAGGCGUCCUGGACAGCCCGGACUCCGGGCUGCCCCCAAGCCCUAGCCCCAGCCACUGGGGGCUCGCCGCAGCGGCGGGCGGCGGUGGGGAGCGCGCACCGGUCCCAGGAGCGCUGGAGCCGGACGCGGCGGCGACCCCAGCAAUCCCGAACCCAGCAUCUCUGACCCACUCUCUGGCUGCCAGCUGCUCACCACGGCUCUGUCCCCUGUCCUUCGGCGAAGGAGUGGAGUUUGACCCACUACCACCAAAGGAAAUAAAGUAUACGUCCUCCGUCAAGUAUGACUCUGAGCGACACUUCAUCGAUGAUGUGCAGAUGCCCCUGGGCCUGGCGGUGGCUUCCUGCAGCCAGACAGUCACCUGUAUCCCCAAUUGCACUUGGCGAAACUAUAAGUCUGAGGUGCACUUUGAGCCCCGCCACAAGGCUGCACGCUUCCUCAGCACCACCAUCAUCUACCCCAAGUACCCCAAGACCAUCUACACCACCACUCUGGAUUACAACUGCCACAAGAAGCUGAGGAGAUUUCUGUCCAGUGUGGAGCUCGAGGCCACCGAGUUCCUGGGUAGUGAUGGUCUCUCAGAUGAAUGUUGACUCAAGUUAGCUACUUGGGGUUGGGCCAGCUGUUCAUACACUGCCCUGGUCUGCAGACCACCCUGGACAAGCUGGGUAACAUUGCUCUUGUACAUCAUCCCAGCCCCAGAGGAGUCUUACCUGGAGAUACCUCUAAACCUAGCCAGGGGAAAAGAAAAUCACUGCAUCUUAUAAUAAUAGAGGAACUUGGCUUUCUUUAAAAUUUUUUUCAGAUAGGGUUUUUUGUUUGUUUGUUUGUUUUGUUUAAGGAGCAUGUAUAUAUAUGUUCUGGUUGGUUGAUGCAAUUUCCCCAAAGGCUCAAUUUGAUGAAAAUAAGGAUAGGCAGAACAAAGGGACUAUGACAUCAGACAGGCUGAGGGGAGGUUGUUCUCCAUUUCCUGAUGAAGAAAGUGGGAAAGUCUCGGGGACAGAAACAGUGAGCUUUAAGAAAGUUUAGCCAUGCAUAUCUUCAUUGCUGGAAAACAAAACAAAACAAAAGCAAAGAGGAGCUAGCUCUGGUAGCCUGUGAUGCCCAGGUGUGCCCGGCCUGGAGACGAGUGCCCUGGACCAUUUUUGUUUGCACUUCCAUUUGAUUUUUCCUGCUAAUCCAAACUCUUAGCAUUAUCAAGAUCUUUGCCAUGGUAUUAGGGGAGAAAAACAAAAACCGCAAAAGGAGAUGCCUUUAAAACAUGAGCUUUCUGCCUGUUCCGCCUUCGUCGGACUGGGUAAACAGCUAGCCCAGUCUGGGCCACCGCAGCCGUCUGGUGCUCAAAGGCUGGUUCCAGGCACAGGCUCUGCUGCAGCCCUAGCGUGCUUGGCAUCUGGUUAACAUCUCCCUAGGCUUGUGUGAUUCCGCUCAUAGGUAUUUUUGGGGGUUUCGAAAUACUUUCCCUUUUUUUUCCACAAGGCAAAAUGCAACAGAGGCCUCUUCUUGAGAGGAAUGGCAUUUUAAAGAAUGCUUUGGGAAAAUGCAUGUUGGAACUUCAUGGAAAGGGAUUCCACUGUGGGCUGCCUGGCCCAAGAGCAGCUGUGAUAGGAGGAGGCAGAUUCGGAUGCGACUUGCAUCACUGUGAUCCAAUGUCUUGAUGGACCGAUUCUUAGGACUUUGAUAGCAUCAUAACUGGGAGGAAUUUGGUUUAACCCCAGAAAGCAAGGAAUAGUGCUUACCAUCCAUGUUAAGCUGAGUUCAGGAAUAGGGAGUGAUAAUUCAAAUACCACAGCCUUGCCUCUGUGGUGAUGGGGGAACAUUUGUUUUGUGCUAUUGUAUACACAGACGUGACUAUGGUGGACUUGAGUACGAAUCAAAGGUGUUUGCCGGCUGAGCCAGCCACCACAGCAGGAACAAUGCUGGCCCAGUGUGUGCUGUGCACCAGGCUGCCCCUGUUCCCCUGCUCCUAUCCCAGGCCUGGCCCUUGCUCCUUAGAACCCCCUGCCAGGCCCCACAGUGUUGGAGAAAAGAAAGUGGCAAACUGAUUUUUCUUCCAGCAUUGGAAAGAACAAGCUGUACAUAUUUCCAUGACAUCCAAACCAUGUCAAGUGGGUUACAGAGUCCCGGCCUUCUGUGAUGUCUCUGGGUCUGUGAGGAUGGCUUCCAUCUGUCUAGAAAUCAGAACUGAGAACAUGCUGGCUCCCCUGGGGUCAUAGCAGAGACCCAUUAUCAUGGAAAAGAGGUAUAAAGAUAAUGGCUCUCACCUGAAGACUGUGGCACUGUCUAGAGCCACACCACCUAGUCCAUGUCUGCUGCAGGCAGCAAUGUCUGGUCUCUUGUACUUUUAAGUCAUCCCCCUGGGCAGAGAGAUAGCUGGCUUCAUGGUCCCAGCUGACAGCUCAGUUGGGGACACACUGGGGCACACAAGCUCUUCAGUCAAACUCAGAGUGACAAAUGCUAUUUGGCUUUGGAAAAGCAUUUAUCAGCAAAAGUGGAUUUUCUAUCUGACUUUAUAAUGUCACUGGAGUGGGAAAUAUAAUUUCUUAAUUUCUUUUUGCAAA